UUUGAUUAAUUAAUAUUGUAUUAAAGGUGUGAGAAAUAGGUGAUGAGGGUGAUAGGGAGGCCUGAGGUGCUUCUUCUUCUUCUUCUAUGGCGUGUGAUCGCAGAGCGCAGGAACAUAGCUAAAGUUCGAUUCAAGAAUAGAGAGCAAGUGAAAGAAAGAAGAAGAAGAAGAAAGAUGAAUGGGAAUAAUAAGAAUGGAGGAGGAGGAGGUGCGAGUGAGUACAUUAGGAGGCACCAUAGGCAUGAGCUGAAGGAUCAUCAGUGUAGCUCUACGCUCGUCAGGCACAUCAAAGCGCCUGUUCAUCUUGUUUGGUCAUUGGUAAGACGGUUUGAUCAACCCCAAAAGUACAAGCCAUUCGUGAGCAGGUGUGUUGUGCAGGGAAAUCUUGAGAUUGGGAGUCUCAGAGAAGUUGAUGUUAAGUCUGGGCUUCCUGCCACCACUAGUACUGAGAGGUUGGAACUUCUUGAUGACGACGAGCAUCUUCUUAGCAUUAAAAUAAUUGGUGGAGAUCACAGACUUAGGAACUACUCUUCAAUCAUUUCCCUCCAUCCAGAAAUCGUUGAUGGAAGACCAGGGACUGUGGUGAUCGAGUCAUUUGUAGUUGAUGUGCCUGAGGGGAACACCAAGGAUGAAACCUGCUACUUUGUUGAAGCUUUGAUUCAAUGCAAUCUCAAAUCACUUUGUGAUGUCUCAGAGAGGCUUGCAGUGCAGGACCACACUGAACCAAUAGAUCGGCUCUGAAAUUGAAGCCGAGACAUAUAAUGGAGACGGGGCUGCCAUGGAUGAAGCUUCCGAGCUUUCAUAUAUCUCAGAGGUUUUGGAGACAGACAGGCAGUAGUAUGCUUCCAUUGCACAUGCAACAAACGUUCAUGUCUCAUUUGCUUGCUUUGUUUUCUGUUCAAGAUCAUAUUGUCAAAACUUCAAAACUUCCGUCAUUAAGGACCAUAGUUGUCAUAAAGGUCUCUGUAACUUUUCAUGAAUGAAAAAAUAGAGAAAAAAGGUCCGGGUGUCUAUUAUCUUGUAUCCCUGGGUUUUGUUCCAACAGAUUUUUGGUUGUAUAUACGAAUAUAUAUAUGCCAACUGCUAAGAGAUAAGGAGUGUGUUGGUAUAUUUCAUUCUGAUUGCAUAUUACAUUUUCAUCAUGUUACACUUUUAUGAAAUGGACGCUGGGUGUACGAUUGAUUC